UCUCCCCCUUACCCGCCCAAGAUGGUCGCCCUGAACAUAUCCAAGCUCAUCGCCCUCGUCUUGGCCCCCACCGCUGUCCUGGGAAGCUUUGCCAUCCAGCAAAUCCAGAAGAACCAGCAUCAGACCCAGGUUAAAGCUAUCCUGGGCACUGGUGGCGAGUCUGUCCUAGGAGGACCUACGCCAUAUUGGAUUGACCAGCCUCUCGAUCACUUCUCACCAAAGUCCAACGGUACCUUCCGCCAGAAGUACUUCUUCAAUGAUCAGUACUACAAGCCUGGUGGUCCCGUUUGGCUCUUUGUGGGCGGAGAGGUUCCACUAGAUGGCGGAUGGGUCACCUCGACGGGCAUGGUGCUCUUCACGCUUGCCAACAAAACGAACGGCAUCAUGGCUGCCAUCGAACACCGCUACUAUGGUGACUCGAUGCCCUUCCCGGACUAUUCGACCAAGAAUAUGGCCUAUCUCUCGUCGCAUCAGGCUAUUGAGGACAUUGUGGCCUUUGUCAAGAACUUUACGGCCACCCACAAUCUUCCGUCCUGCACCAAAUGGAUUCCGGUCAGUGGAUCCUACCCUGGUGAUCUCGCUGCCUGGCUCCGCGAGCUGUACCCCGAUAUCUUCUGGGCUGCGUACUCGUCGUCGGCCCCACUUCGGGCCAAAGCCGACUUUUUCGAGUAUUCGCUUGCCGUCCGCCAGGGCAUUCCCAAGAUCGGCGGUUCAGAGGUUUGCCUGAACAACCUCAUUCGCACCGUUUCGCUCUUUGAUGCUGCUCUCAAGCGCGACCCCAAGGGCACUCGCCGUUACUUGGGUCUGGGCUCGAUCGAGCUCGACGGAGAUGUCGGAAGCAUGCUUCCAACCAGUGCUUUGGCUGGCUCGGUUCAAUUUGGUCCCUCUGCCCAAUUCUACAAUUCUUCGGUCACUCAUAUCAGCGCCGCAUGCUCCGGAAAGUACUUUCCCUCCUUUGCCAAUCCAAAUGCCACCGAUAGCCAGCUCUGGACUGAUCUCCAAAGGUGGAUGUACGGAUAUCUGGACGGGAUGGGCAUCAUCCCGAACAACGCCACCGAGCUUGCCGCCUUGGAGACCAAGAACAUGGCCGACCCAAGCAACAGCUAUCGCCCCUGGUGUUGGCAAACGUGCACCGAGUUUGGGUUCUUCCAGGAUGCCGAGCACGUUCAAGCCCCCGUCUACUCCAAGACGGUCAACAUGGCCUAUUAUAAGCGGGCCUGUGCCAUUCUCUUUGGCAAGGACCACCAGAACCCGCAUGUCGCCCAGACCAACAAACGCUACCGCGGCACCAACAUCAAAACCAGCCGCAUCUCCUUCGUCAACAGCGAGAUUGAUCCCUGGCACAUGUUGAGCAUCUACAACCGCACGUCGACCGAUGCCCAGCCCGUGUUCCUUCACGAUGAGUUCCAUUGCCUGGACAUGUAUGCGCCUCGCCCGGACGACACCCCUCUACUCAGCAAAGUCAAAGUCGAAGUCAUGGCCGCCUGGGACAAGUUCAUGGCCGGUGAUACUUGCCGAUCCCAGCUCGCGAACUGAUGACUUUGGGGUUGUCGCAGCCCCUGCAAUAUCAUACAGGGGUACUCUGCAUCUACCAGAGUACAUUACAUGAACUUGAAUAGCUCUUGUGCAAGAGGCGGACUAUUCGUCGUUGUUCGUGCCGGGAAAUGCUGUCGUGAAUACACGUGGUUGAUUUACAGGCAAUCCAAUAAAAAACGGGACACCCAGGUUUUGACCAUUGAUC